GGGACCAUAGACUAAUAUAGAGUUAUAUUAUAUAUAUAUAUAUAACUCUAUGCAGGGGACACAGCUCUUUAUACUGAUUCAGUAUUCAGUAUUUGUUUGUUAUUCUACUUCAUCUAUUAAUUAGGUCUUGUAGUGAUUAGUGAAAUUAGAUUUAUAAUCUUAGGCGGGCCUCUUCAGCUCAUCUUUGAUAUUCCAUUGCAUCGAAAAUCAGCUGUCCAGGCCCUAUUCCGAGAAACUCUGACCAUUCUACGCAGCACAGCUGGGCUGGUAGUGGUUGGAUAGGUGUCAUAACUUAUCCAAUAAUUGAUAGUUGUAGAACUACCUCAACUUAUAAGUCCAAUGAAUCAGCAGAGAAAGACUUACAGUGUACAACAUUUCUGAUGACAGUAAGACGUGAAGGAAAGGAAACAAUAAGUUUGCUAUGACAAAUCAAAAUUCCCCAUCACCAACUCCAAAAAGAGCAAUUUAUGGAUUUGUCCUGUAUCUGUCAGCUCAUUUAGCUUUCUUGAUAUAUGUUUUGUGGGCAUUUUUACCAGAUGAGUUGUUACGAGCUGCUGGGUUCACCUAUUAUCCUAAUAAACACUGGGCUAUUACUUUUCCUUUUACAUUAUUUUUGGGGUUUUUACUGGCAUUUCCUAUAUAUAUGAUAUUGUCCUAUUUUAAAUCAGCUCCAUUGAAUUCUUUAGAUACAAUUACAGAUAAUUAUGCAAAGGAUUUAAAGACUUUUCCGAUAGUUGAGGGGCAGAUAUCACCAAUAGCAGAUUUAAACAUAUCACAUAUUAAUAGAAAUUUAUACUUAGAUUACAAAUUAUGAUAGAAAAUAAGUGUAAGUCAUUUGG